AUGUACGACACUCCUGAAGCCAGUUCCCGUACGCCGACUCCAUACAUCCCCAAGCUCCCUGACAUGCCUCCAUUGACCGGAUAUGACUUGCACAUCGGCUCUUGCGCACAAAAUGCUCAAUCCGACCGAGCGAUUGCAUCCCAGGCGGAGCAGGUGGCAGCAUACACAAGCUGA